GUGAGCUGGAGACAGUCCUUCACCUGCUCCCAGCCAAACACACACACAUACACACACUGCUCUGCAACAUCUGCCACGUCGCCUGUGAUGGAGCGAGGAAGAGUGUGACGGAGUCUUUGCUGUUGUGGAGUAACAUGUCUACCUCUUUGGCGUCUCCGAUGGAUCAAAUCAGUCUUUUGGGGCUCGGCGGACUCCGCGCUCAUAUUUUGAACGUAUAAACAGCGACUUUAAGAAGCCAUAAAAACUCCGUGCGGCGCGUGAGCGCUGCAAAUUGAGCGCAGCCUUAAUUGUACUACGAUGUCCCAGAGCAUCUGCGUGGAAAACUUAAAGGCAUGCUGCAUACUGAGGGCUGUGAACGUGCGAGGAGGCUGAAACAGAUGGACACGAGCCCAACAACACACUGGAGACAUGCUGUGUUGCUGAAUGGGUGACAAGCUCCCAGUCACCUCACAUACCCUGUGAAGCCCUCCUCCCAUCGCAUUGUGCAGGACAGGGUCCCCCAGCAAAGUGGCAGUCAUGUACCAGGAGGUGGCCUUCCUGGCUGGUAGCACUGAGCACCAGUUCACCACCUUCCACUUCAAACGUGUGCAGAACCUGCAGGAGGUCAAAUCCAAGAAGGGUUUGUUCUACAAGCGAGCCCAGCUCCUGCUCCAGCCUCAGCCCUGCCAACAGGAUGGAGAUGAGAUCGGCCUGGCUGAUGGGGCGGCCAUUAUCAACGUGGGGGGGAUCAAGUACCGCAUCCCUUGGUCCACGCUGGACGAGUUCCCCCUGACACGGUUGGGUAAGUUGCGCAGAUGCAGCAGCGAGGCCGAGAUCAUGGACUUGUGCGAUGACUACGAUGGCACCAGCAAUGAGUACUUCUUCGACCGAAGCCCGUCGGCUUUCCGCACAAUCGUGUCUUUCUUGGCAGCAGGGAAGCUGCGGCUGCUGAGGGAGAUGUGCGCCCUGUCCUUCCAAGAGGAGCUGCUGUACUGGGGGGUGGAGGAGAACAAACUGGACUGGUGCUGCCUCAGGAAGCUGCGGCUCAGGCAGGAGGAGUACAAGGAGCAGCAGAGGCUGGAGGAUGAGGAGGCCGAGCUCACUUCUCCGCAGUCCUGCGAGGAGAGCCAGCAGCCUCCUGAAGCGGGGCCACAGGAAGAGACCUGUACGGGGGGCUGCAUGCGAAGGCUGAGGGACAUGGUGGAGAACCCCCACUCUGGCCUGCCGGGGAAGAUCUUCGCUUUUCUGUCGGUGAUAUUUGUAGCCAUCACUGCUGUGACGCUGUGUGUCAGCACCAUGCCGGACCUCAGAGAAGAGGAGGAGAGGGGUGAGUGCUCCCAGAGGUGCUAUAACAUCUUUGUGCUGGAGACGGUGUGUGUCGCCUGGUUCUCCCUGGAGUUCUUGCUGCGCUUCAUUCAGACACAGAGCAAGUGUAUGUUCCUGCGUACGCCUCUGAAUGUCAUCGACGUGGUGGCCAUCCUUCCCUACUACAUCACCCUCAUUGUGGAUUCUCUGUCAGUUGGAGGGAAACCCGCAGGCUCAGGGAACAACUACCUGGAGAAGGUGGGGUUGGUUCUCCGAGUCCUGCGAGCUCUGCGGAUCUUUUACGUGAUGAGGUUGGCCCGCCACUCUUUAGGCUUGCAGACGCUUGGUCUGACAGUGAGGAGGUGUACACGUGAGUUCGGCUUGUUGCUGCUGUUCCUUUGCGUGGCCAUGGCUCUUUUCUCCCCGCUGGUGUUCCUAGCUGAGAGCGAGAUGGGCGCCAAGCAGGAGUUCACAAGCAUCCCUGGUAGCUACUGGUGGGCGGUCAUCUCCAUGACCACAGUCGGCUAUGGAGACAUGGUGCCCAGGAGCAUCCCCGGCCAGGUGGUGGCACUCAGCAGCAUCCUGAGCGGCAUCCUCCUCAUGGCCUUCCCCGUCACGUCCAUCUUUCACACCUUCUCUCGCUCCUACGUGGAGCUGAAGGAGGAGCAGAGCCGGGCGCUGAGACAGAAGCCGGACUCACAGGACAGCACCAAGUCCCAGAACAGCGAGGACUCCCAGGAGACGGACAGCUACCACGGCAUCACGGAGGCCGCAGUCUCAUCAGUACAGCGGAGGAAGUCCAUGGCUGCUCACAGGGCUGCUGAGAUUAGAGCAUCCACAAAAACUUAGCUGCUCUGUCUGUCUGUGUGUCUGUGUUAAAGUGGCAGUCUGGGAGGCCGUGACACUCAGCACUGGGACUUCAAAGUUGACAAGCUGCAGGAUUGUGAGCCGAAGGAGAUUUUCCUCUCUGGAGAUUGAGGUCUCUGCUUUGAUCGUGUGAAGCUUGUGCAGCAGAGUGUAUCGGAGUUUCUUAAGUUUUACAGAGAAGCUCCAGAGGUCUUUUUAUCCACAAAUUUGACUUAAAAAGACGAGUGACGUUACAAUAUUCAUGAUUAAAUGACUAGUCAAAUGAGAUUAAAAAAAAGUUACUGGGACAGUUUUCUCACUGACUGCGAUUCAGACUUGAGAUAAGUCUUAGCAAAAGGGAAAUCUAACACCAAAACAUCAUAGACUAAUAAUUAAUGAUCCUCAUGUAGCUGCAUGCUAAUGCGAGCUCAUCUUUUAUUUGCUCUGGCAGAUGCGUCUGGCCUCUCUCCCAUUCAGAGGUCCAGUAGUUAAAUAUGGAGCAUGUUUCAGAUGUUAACUAACAACUUGCAGAGCCCGCAUGCGUUACGCAAAAUGCAUAAUGGUGUCAUUUUUGGCUUGCGCACCCUCCAACCCAUGCUCAUCUCCAGAUUUUCAAAAACAGACGGUUUUUAUGAGAUGCACGAACUUCAGUUUUACCCCAUUCAUGGCAACACUUGCUCAGAGCAACUGAUGUCGUAUAAAGAGCUAGAAAAUCCACGUAGGGAGGGAGGGGAGGAGGAUAGGUCAAACAACACCAGACUUUCAUCGAGGGGACCGUGUCAACUUCAGCCUGUUACAUGCACUUUCUUUUUUUCAAAAUACACUUCUUUUUUCACAGG